AACAGUUUCAGGUAUGACAGGAACAUUACUUUCGGCUGGAGCUGGUCCGCUUACUGCAGAACCACCACUAAUUUGUUGUUCUGGGAAUUCCUUUUGAAAGUUCAAAAAACUAUCAGGCAAUGUUAGCUUAAGGAAAGUGCACGCAAACAUGUUCCAUCCAAGUGUUACUAACUCUUUUUCAAACUCUAGUCCUGAUGCACCUAAGCUUGCUAGGGAGAAAAUGGGGCCUAUGACGACUAAUGAGAAAAUUAUGACUGCCACUCUGUUUCUUACGGUGGGACUUUGGGUGUUUGGAGGGCUUCUUAAUAUAGAUGCCGUAACUGCUGCCAUUCUUGGAUUAGCUGUACUCCUCAUUUCAGGGGUUGUAACAUGGAAAGAGUGCUUAGCUGAGGGUGUUGCUUGGGAUACUCACGUGGUUUGCUGCCCUCAUUGCAAUGGCUGGGUACUUGAACAAAUAUGGUCUCAUCUCUUGGUUCAGUCAAACUGUAGUCAAGUUUGUUGGUGGAUUGGGUCUCUUUCAUGGCAACUAUCUUUUGGUAUACUGGUCCUCCUUUACUUCUACUCUCAUUACUUCUUUGCCAGUGGAGCUGCUCAUAUUGGUGCUAUGUUUACUGCAUUUUUGUCUGUUGCUACUGCUUUGGGAACUCCACCAUUCUUCGGAGCCAUGUUGUUGUCAUUCCUCUCCAACCUUAUGGGAGGCCUUACUCAUUAUGGGAUUGGGUCUGCUCCAGUAUUUUUCGGUGCCAACUAUGUCCCACUUGCCAAAUGGUGGGGUUAUGGCUUUGUUAUUAGUAUUGUUAACAUUGUCAUCUGGCUUGGACUCGGGUCUAUUUGGUGGAAAGCCAUUGGCUUGUGGUAAAGGGCCUGAUAUAGAAUUUUGCCAACACAUUUUAAGAUUUUUGCAUACAUUCUUGUACGUUCAGGAGUACAAGGUCUGUUGGUGGAUAUUUUGCAGAAUCUGUCACAGAUAUAAGUGAACUGCAGGCUUUUAUACGUAUUUUUGGUGGCUAUGGAGUAGACAGGCUAGACAGAAUGCUUAAAGAGCACACUGCUGCACUUUUAAAUUGCAUUGACACCAGUCUUCAUGCUGGUGAUAGAAUUAAAAGAGAAGCUUCUAUGAAGCAAAUAGUUGAUCUGGAAACACUGAUAGAUUUUUGUAUUCAGGCUGGCCUGGCCCUGGCUUUUGAUCGGCUACUAUAUGAGGCUUCUGGUGCCAUAUUUGAAGAAGGUGCUCCCUUGAUACAUUCACUGCUAACUGGGGUAGUUAACCAUCUACCUGACGUAGUACCAGAAAAUGAAGAGAUCAACAGAAUGAGAACAGUGGCAAAUAUUAGGUGUUGUAAAUAAUCAUGAUUCCAUUUGGGUGAGAUCAAUUUUAGAGGAUGUUGGUGGUGCAAGUGAUGGUUCUUGGAGUUUGUUACCAUACUUAUUUGCGACAUUCAUGACAUCAAAUAUCUGGUCCACCACGGCAUUUAAUGUUGACAACAGAGGGUUUUAGUAACAAUAUACAUUGCUUGGCAAGGUGCAUAUCAGCGGUGAUUGCUUGAAUUGAGUUUGUGAGGUUGGAACGUGAACAUCAGCAUCGACAGUCUUUAAGCAAUGGGCAUGCCAGCGAGAGAAUGGAUCCUGAAUUAUCAGGUCAUAUGUCAGCUGAAGCAAGCAUCAACUCCACGCUGUAGUUAUUUGUGAAACUCUCUGCAGAGAUGAUACUGGAUUCUUGGAGUGAAACACAUAGAUCUCAUCUUGUAGCACAACUUAUCUUUCUAGACCAACUUUGUGAGAUUUCACCAUACCUUCCGCGAAGCUCAUUGGAAACUCAUGUUCCGUAUGCCAUUCUCCGUUCAGUCGACAGUCAAUACUAUGCCGAUACUCAAUCAACUCCAUUGGAAAUAACGAACGCAUCACCCCGAUAAUCACCUGCAUUGCUGGCACAUGAUUCAGGAUGAGGCAUCCUCGUGGAGACUCCACACCACCGUAUUAUGGCAAUGAUUCAGGAUACUUCAAAGGAUCAUCAUCACAUAGCCAAGAGCACCUCUAUGACGUUGAUAUUAGCAGCUUAAGGAGCACCCAUCGAUCUGGGCCUUUGGAUUAUGGUGCUAGGUUCAAAUUCUGGCAUUACUGGACCCAGUCCACUUGCUAGAUUUGCAGUAUCUAGAUCUGGUCCAUUAGCAUACAAGUAGUAAGUUUGAAAUACCCAACAUGAGCUGGUAAAUUAUUCACCUCUUUCUAGUGAUCAGUUGUCCAUAACCAUAAAUCAUCCAGCAGGUUCCCACAAUAUUUUUAUGAUGUAUAUCACACUGAAGCACUCUUCGGUAGUCCCUGGAUAGUUUAACGUUCGAAUUUGUAAGAUUUGUAUUUAGAGUAGUUUGGUUCAUUGUUUUUAGAGCAUAUCCGACAGUAGACACCAUGAGAUGUUUCUAACUUGAGUAAACCACCAUUUGAAUGUUGUAAAAUGGCAAUUUAGUCGUUUUAAUAAAUAUUAACUUCGGGGCUAA